GUAAAGAGUGUGUGUACGUGUGUGUAAUAUGCGUACACAUACAUACGUGUAACUGUGUAUAAGUCCAGAAGACUCUCUGUGACACGUAAGCGCCUUCGUCUUAGGCUCUCAGCUCAACCAAACCCUAAAACGUCCGAUCAUCUACAGUGUUCUUUUCCUUGUGCAAAGUCUAUAUUGGUUUUAACUUCCUCUCUCGAUCUACCUAUUUGGUUUGUCUUCAUUUUCCCAUCAACACUAUAUGCGCCUCAUGUUCCUGAGAAAAUUCGACUUCUAACGGUUUCUUCGCACUUAAUUUGGUCGUACUUUCCUUGACGAAUCUUAAUUUUCUCCGAGAUUUUCCCGAACUUUCUCUGAGAUUUUUCUUUUCUGAGUAGAUUUUUCCUAUCAAUCUGUUUUAUUCUUUCUCAUUUUCCCAGAAAAUCAUCCGGUAUUCUUUCUCCCGAAAAAGCUCUCACUGUUUGUCAAUCCGAUCCAUCUGAAACCCCUACUUCUCGUCGAAUCUUUUUCCUUUUCUUUUUUUUCCCCUAAGAAGCAAAAUUUCCUUUUUCGUUCAGUAUAGUCUGUCUCUUUUCUACUUGGAUGUACCUCUCGAUAUUUCAUAGAGUCGAGCUUUGAUCUAGUAAUCUCCAUCAAUCUCUCUAUAAUUAUAAUCGUUUACAGUUUUGAGUGUGUCUAUAUAUAUAUAUAUAUAUUAUAUAACUGUCCUGUUUUGCUUGCUUUAAGCAACGGUGGCUGUGAGAUUGAGUUGAAAAUGGUGGGAGGUGGAAGUAGAAAGGACGAGUCGUUGGUGAUAAGCAGUACCAACGUGUUUGCUGCCCUUGGAUCGUUUAAGAAGAAGAAGAAGUCUGACAAAGAGCAAGGUUCGUCCAAGAGCAAAAGCUCUUCGAAGAAGGAGCCGGAGCCGGAGCCGCAGGUUUUCUGGGCUCCGGCACCGCUGACGGUGAAAUCGUGGGCCGAUGCAGACGAUGAGGAUGAUGAUGACUACUACGCCACCACAGCUCCGCCUCAAUCCGUUUGGAGCGGUGCCGCUGACCCGGCACUGAAAGAGGAGCGCUUGACUCCAGUAGAGGAAAGUGAAAGUGAAGAUGAAGAAGGUCUUGAUGAAGUUGAUGAUGAUAAUGAGGAAGAACAAGACCAUGAACCUGAGGUACCAGUAGAUAGAGAACUGGUGAUGAAGAAGCCUGCUGAAGCUCCUUUAGCAACUAAAGAUUCAGAAAGGCAGCUUUCAAAGAAGGAACUGAAGAAAAAGGAGCUUGCAGAACUUGAUGCAGUUCUCGCUGAAUUGGGAUAUGACAAAUUGGAUGCUGGUGAACAAAAUGAAUCCUGUGGUGUUUCUCAAGAGAAGAAGGAACAGAAUUUGAAUGGAGAAUUGGACAAGGAAAUUGUCCCUGGGGGGAGCAAAAGUUCAAAAAAGAAGAAAAAGAAGGAUAAAUCUUCGAAGGAGGCUAAAGAACAACCACAGGAGCUGCCUGAUGGCACUGAUGCUGGGAAUGGUAAAGAGGAAAUCGGUGAUGGGACUGAGAAAGCAGACGAUACAUCCGGUGUUGAUGUGAAAGAGCGGAUAAAGAAAGUAGCAUCUAUGAAGAAGAAAAAAUCAAGCAAAGAGAUGGAUGGUGCCGCCAGAGCUGCUGCUAGCGAGGCUGCUGCAAGGAGUGCGAAGCUAGCUGCAGCAAAGAAGAAAGAGAAGAGCCACUACAACCAGCAGCCAGUGCGGUAAGUUUGUCAAUUCCCCAUUGAAUAUGAACAUGUAUCCUUUUGUUCAUUUGUUAAAUGCAAAAAUAAAAUAUUCCAUUUUGGCUUCUCAUUAAACGACUUUCUUUAAUUUUACUUCAAGAAAAAAAAAAAAAAGAACUGAAGAGUUUGACUUCUCUAUACCUGUUCUACAGUUUUGCUUACACCAUGGAUGUUACUUCAUAAUAUAUUUGUAAUUUUAUUUUCCUUUUGUCACAAUAUUGCUCUUGUAGUUGUAUUUAUUCUAUUUUAUGUUGCUCA